AUGUCCGGAGAAACUGAUGACAGCUACGAUUACCUAUUCAAGAUUGUGCUCGUGGGCGAUUCUGGCGUGGGCAAGUCAAACUUGCUUUCAAGGUUCACCCGGAACGAGUUUUGUCUCGAGUCGAAGUCGACCAUAGGCGUAGAGUUUGCAACUCGGACGAUUGAGCUACAAAACAAGAUCAUAAAGGCUCAAAUAUGGGACACUGCGGGGCAAGAGCGCUAUCGUGCAAUUACCAGUGCAUAUUAUAGAGGGGCAGUUGGCGCCUUGCUAGUUUACGAUGUGACCAGUGGGGAUACGUAUGACAAUAUAGAAAAGUGGCUGAGCGAGUUGCGUGAUCACGCGGAUGCAAGUAUUGUCAUAAUGCUUGUCGGCAAUAAAUGCGAUCUUGAGCACUUAAGGGUUACCGAAGCGGCUACCGCACAACAAUUCGCAGAGAAAGAAGGCCUCAUGUUCAUCGAAACUUCUGCACUUAACGCAACAAAUGUUGAGCACGCGUUCAUUGAUUCUCUCGGGAGGGUGUAUGAUGUGGUCUCGAAGCUGAAGAUGGCCUGCACCCCAAGUCAAAGUGCUGCAGCUAGCCUUGUUUGCCGAACAGUUUCUACAACUUGAUUCGGAGCCCAGUGUAGUAAGUUGUUGCACACGUGUAAUACGAAUACUAGUACAAGUAACCAGCACGAAAUUUAUACUUUCGGUGAACGCAGAACAGUCGACGUUCGAGUCAACAUCGACUAUUCUACACGUUGUGCAUCUGUCUGUCUUUGGCUCUCAGUGUAGUGCGGUGUUGCACGCGACACAACUAACUUUCUACCUUUCCAUCUGCAAUGAUUGAGCACCGACAUACAACGAUCAAUCUCACUUUCUUGUGAAACAGUCAAAUCUACAAAAGCAAAUCCUCGACACUGCUGCGGCUCCGUACUGAACUUGUCGAGCUUGAUGUCCACAGAAACUACGUCCCCAAAAGGUGCAAGACGCCUACUGAUUUCGUCCACUGUGACAUCUGGAGCAAGCCCUCCAACAUGCAGACGGCUAGAAAACUUCAUACGAUGCACUCGUGACUCUCGUUUUCGUUCUGCGUGAACUCAGUCGCCAAUAGUUUGCUUGUCGCACAGGUUUUACGUUUCUGACCACGCUUGUAAUUACGUCUUCCUUCGAUGAGCGCGUGCGCCACGAAAUAAUAGCGACAACGGCUGCGUAAAAACUCGUUUGCGACCGAGCGUGAUAGUGCC